UACUGCAAUGUUUCGUAUUUACAGCUUUCCUUUCCGGCUGUCAUUUACAAUCAGGGGAACAUGGCUCCGCGAUACGAAAUCUGCGUCGGUCUGAACAAGGGCCACAAGACGACCAAGAUAAAGCAGCUGCAGUACCGUGGCGAUCGCAAGGUUAAGGGAAUCCGCCCAUCUAGAACCAAGGGAAUUCAGACCAAACACACCAAGUUCGUUCGAGAUCUGGUUCGUGAGGUCGUUGGUCAUGCACCAUACGAGAAGCGAGGCAUGGAAUUGCUGAAGGUGUCCAAGGACAAGCGGGCGUUGAAAUUCCUGAAGCGUCGUCUCGGCACGCACAUUCGUGCCAAGAGGAAGCGUGAAGAGCUGUCCAACAUUCUGGCCCAUAUGCGUAAGGCUGCCCACAAGUAAGCGGUCUAAUAGGACGCAACGGGUCUUUAGUUUACUUUGAAACUAUAUUAAAGAAUAAAACAUUUGCAUAAAGAUCGUAAAUAUAAUGUACGUUUAAAAACUGAAAA